AUGUUAACAGUUAAAAAGUUUGCUGCUUUGUUUAAUCUUUCGGUUGGUGGAUAUGUUGCUGGACUUGCCGACGAUGAAAGUAAAUCGAGUUUGAUAUCAAAUAUUCUCGCUUCGACAACUCCAUCAUCGGAUUUUGAAACUACAACCGAUGACGAUGAAAAUGAUGACGAUGAGCCGAUUCCGGGGAGUGAGAGAAGGGACGAAAUUAAUGACAGUAAGUUAAAGACUAAAAAUUUGUCGUCUAAAUACUAUGAAAGAAAAAGAAGUAGGAAAAGAAAACAGACGAUCGCAAGUGAAAAUGUUUAUUUUUAA